AUGAUACUGUCCUACAUCCUUCAUGGCCAUCUUCCUUAUUAUUCGUCUCAGCACCCGCAUCCCGAUCCGCUACUGCACGCAAAGUUAAAGGAUGCGCCGGCGCUUUUGGGGGCUGACGUGGAUUCAUUAACUGAGCAUUUCUCAGCCUCACGUCUCUCAUAUUCCACCCAAGCUCUACCAGUAAACGUACUGCUGGACACGCUUGUAUGUCCAAGCGUCGACGUUGAGGAACUGCAAAGCAUUACCAAUCUGGAAUGGCGAUAUGAGCCCAAGAAAGCUGUCCCUCACAAAGUGCUCGGAAAUGCGCCGCGACCCGGCGGCCAAUGGACCGAGAACCCGAUGCCUGCGAGCUGGGAGAUCCAGACACUGAGCUAUGCGUCAAUGCUUUCAUUACCCGGGUACUCUAUCGCUGACCAUUACCGUGAAACAACGGGUAAAGACCUCCCCGCGUACACCCGGCCGAGUAGGCAGGAGACAGCGGAUUAUUUUCGGGCGUAUCCCGAAGCCGUCGGGAUUGAUGACGCCUUUUAUUCGAACGAAGACGUAUGGGGAGUCACACGUGAGGGAGACGGGUUCUUCAUCCGAUCGCAUAAUAUCCGCUGCAAACAUCUAGUCCUGGCUAGCGGUAUCUUUUCCGAAGUUCUGCCGCCACGUCCUCUCCUAAGGCCUCUCACAUCUCUUCAACCGGUCCCGGAAACGCCACUACUUGUUAUCGGCUCCGGCUUCUCUGCAGCGGAUGUGAUCAUUUCAGCGCCGGGAAACCAGAGGAUCAUUCAUAUCUUCAAAUGGGAUCCCGAGAACAGACCCUCGCCUUUGCGCGGUUGCCAUCAGCACGCAUACCCCGAGUAUGCUGGCGUUUAUCGAUUGAUGCGCCGUGCCGCUGCAGCAGCGCAACCCAACUCGUCGAGACGUGUUAAACCACUGCGAGCGACUUCAUCUCCCUUUCUCGAAAGUCGACAUUGGGCAGAUGUUUAUGAAGGGUUUCCAAAUACCGAAAUUAUUGACGUACAACCACAGGACGAGAUGGCAAUUGUGACCUUUCGCCGCCCGGACGGGACUGCCUUUUCCCGGCCAGUGCGCGGAAUGGUGUAUGCUACCGGUCGACGAGGCAGCCUGGGUUACAUAAAUCAGAGCCUUUUGCGUGAGGUGAUCGGCUCUGACGAUACAGGAGAGGCGAAUCCUACAAUAUCCGGGCAGACCUUGCGAAGCAAGGCUAUAGAGAACGUUGAGAUUGCGAAAGACGUUUUCAUUAUCGGUAGUCUGACCGGUGAUUCCCUCAUUCGAUUUGCAUACGGAAGUUGUGUGCAGGCAGCUGGGAAACUGAUUGAUGAGCUUACUGGGAGUGACACCCCGAGAACCAGCUCUACCCAUAUUUCAAAGCAGGAGCUAAACAUAGGCGUAAUGCGUGGCAUCGACGGACACGAUGUCUAUCCUAGGAAUGGUCACCUUUGCUCAGACCAAGACAACCACACGGUUGCGUCAUCUGAACCUGCAAAGGGCGCACCGAAACGGAUAUGGGCUUGGCUGAUAAGAGUCUUGGGGUGGCCAGGGGUAUAA